AUGUUUGCUGAUCGCAGCUCCAAAUUGUUGCUGCUACUGCUGCAUAUGUUUGCACUGUGCCACUGGAGCGACGCCAGGUUGCGCUUUAAUGACCUGCCCAUUUUAGCCUCUAGCAUAACGCCCUGUGCUCGAGAUGAUCCUCAGCUGGAGCGCUGCAUCAUAAAUGCCGUCUAUAAUUUGCGGCCCCUUCUGGUGCAUGGCAAUCUGGGUGAUGGCUAUUACACGCCUCCUCUGGAGCCGCUGCAGCUGGACAACAUUGAGCUGGGACGCAGCAGUCAGUUUCAGGCCACGUUUACGGAUCUUGAGGCCACAGGUGGCAACUUUAAGGGCAAGUACUUUAUGCGCCUCAAUCUGCUGCUGCUGGACAUUCAGGGCAAGGGCAAUAUGCGUGGCUACUGCGAUAAUGCCAAGGCGGCGGUAAAGAUGCGCGGCACACGCUAUCUGAGAAACGGUCUCGAGUACGUCAAGUUCACCAAGAUGACGAUGAGAAUACAGUUCAGGGAUUUUAAGCUGCAGCUGGACAAUCUCUUCAAUGGUGAUCGCAUACUUGGCGAGGUGGGCAACACCCUAAUCAAUGACAACCAGGAGCUGUAUCUUAACGAGAUUGUGCCGGGCCUGGAGCGUGGCCUGUCCAAGAAGUUUCUGGAUGUGGCCAAUGAGAUUUUGGCAACGGCCACCUUUGAUGAAAUGUUUCCGCCUGGACGCACCGUCAUCAAUCCUAUACAUUUUCCCAAUGCGGGCGGGAAUUCAGGCGCACCUGGUCCGUCCAUAUUCGAGACGCCUUUCUCCUCGCGUAAUCCGGCAGGCGGAAUUUUGGAUCAUCUGCCGCCGAGGAGCAAUAGUCGUAAUCCCUGGCCUAAGCAGCCCCCAAACAAUCCAGGCGGCGGCAUUUUUGGCGAGCUAACGCCUGGUGGAGGCAUCAUUGAUCCCAGAUUGAAUCUGGGCAGUUAG